UUUGCAGUCCAUUCAGUUGCGAUGUCAAAUUUAAACGAGAAAGAAGUAAAAGAAAAAAUGUCUGAAAAGAUGGCUUUCGAGAAGAGUCUCGAGAUGAGCCAAAAUAGAGACAAUAUAUUUCAAAAAAUCGAAAUAUUUGUGAAUGUCGGAAAUCAUUGUUUACUUUCAAUUGUCGUGUUUUAUUUAGUUUGGUACGUUUUUCAAGAUAAUUUUUCGGAACUAACAUGUAUUCACUCGUUGUUGUGUACAUUGGGAUUUUUCUUCAUGACUGAGGGGAUUCUUUUGAUGAAUAAACAAAACGCUCCAACAAUUUUAAAUAAAGGUCGUAGAAGUAUGACGAAAUAUCAUUGGAUCUUCCAAGCUUUGGGUUUUAUUCUGAUGGUUAUUGGAUCAGUUAUUGAGUGGUUGUAUCGGGAAUGGGAAGGAAAAAUACAUUUCCAUGCAAAACAUGGAAUAAUCGGACUCGUCGCUUUAAUAUUCAUGGCGGUUACUGCCAUAAGCGGAUGUUCAGCUUUGUUUUCUCAGGAACUCAAAAGCAUUUUGAAUCCGCUUUUCAACAAAUCUGCACACCACAUUUUCGCAAUAAUUUCUUUUAUUACGUUGGUUGUUGGGAUAUGCUUUACUUUAGUUCAACAAAACUUCACUAAACGUCACGAUCCUGGUAAUCUAAGAAUUGUCAUGUGCUGGAUGCUUGGAUUCAUCGCUAUUUUAACAUUACUGGGAUCGUUUAAAACUUUAAACACACAUUUGAGAAGUGCUUUAAGAAAAUAAACUUGUCAGAAUGUCAAUUUACUUUUAGGUGUCUAUUCGUUUAAUUUACAGAUAAUUAUGAAGUUCAUAAUCACUUUAGGAAGUGUUUUCAAUAAUAAUCCUUGUCAAAAUGUCUACAUAAAUGUAAACUGUACCCAAAUUAAAGUUUAAGUUUGAAUGCCGUAAGCAUUUUAUGUUUUCCCACUGAAUUUCUAGUGAAAUUAAUUAUUUCCUGUUUAAAUUACGUGGAAACUGAACGAAAUUAAAUUCUCAUUAUAUUUUUAAAAUUAUUUACAAAUGAUAAUUUGUUGUGAAUUCUCUAUGAAUUCCGGAAAGUGAUGAUUGUUCAGUGAACAUUGUUUCCUUGAAGUGGAAAUGUUUCCUAGGUAAAUAUCGUCCCUUAAAUAUUUUUCCCCUUUGUUAUUUAAUGACUUGAUUUUAUUCGUUGUUGAAAAAAUUAAAUUUGGACUUCCACUGAAAUAAAUCAUUUGAUGUUUCCACAAUUCAAAUAGAAGUUGUGUUUUUACUUUGUUUUAGUUAUCUAAUGGAAAAAUGAAA